CCUGUUCAUUCAUAUGUUUACGAUAUAUUUAUACAUAUUGUUUAUAAACACAGGUCUUAUAACAUGUAAUGAUUUCGUUCAAGGUCUAUCAUAAUAACAAGAUCAUGUUAUUCACAUUUUAAACUUGAUUCAAGAAAUAAAGAUUGGAGAAAAAAAAUAGAGGAAAUGGGUAAUCAACCACCAAAAGAGAAAAACCCCAGUGGUACAGUUCGUGGGCUAGAGGAUCUUUUAAAGGAUGCUAUGAGGUUAGCCCAUGUUGCAGUAUCAGAUUUAUAUUCCUAUCGUGAGGGUAUUAAACCAGCUAUUGACCAAAUAACUGGAAACACAGAAAAAGUUGUUCAAAUGGAAGUGGACAAAAAGAAAAUUUAUGAACAUGCCAUGGCUCGUUACAUUGGAAAGAUUAGGACCAUGCGCACUGGAAUGAAACCUACGCAUGAAUGUCCUGUGAUUACUUUUAUUGGAGAAGAUGCCAAUAAGUUUGAUGUCGACGGAAGUGGAUUUCGGAGACAAUAUUAUUCAAUGUUCUUUCAAGAGUGUCUGAAAAGACUUUUUGAAGGUUCCGGUAGAAACCAGCUUCCAAAACAUGAUAUAACGAAAAAAGAUGAAUUUACUGCCUUAGGUAUUGCGAUAGUAGAGGCCAUUUUGAAUGGGGACUGUGGAUUUCCAUAUCUUAACAAAGCUGUAUUUAUGUUAAUACUUGAAAAAAGUGAUGAUGAAAUAGAACAAAGCCUGAACAUUAGUGACAUACCCCUAGGUGAUGUAUGGAAUACAGUUAAAAAGAUUCAAGAUGCCGAAAAAGAGUGCGAUAUGACUGAUGCCGUUUCGGAAGACAGUGCAAACUUUUUGAAUUUUAUUGGUUGGCCGGGAGGGCAAGCAAUGACGCUGAAAAACAAACAUUCUUUGCUGCAUUACAUUACAAAAUGGUUUGUCAUAGAUCAAAGACUUUCAGAGGUCGAACAGCUGAAAAAAGGUCUUAACUACAUGGGGUUUCUGGACACUAUUAGAACAAAUACGUGGUUUGAACCUUUAUUUGUGUAUUCGGAACAAUAUAGUAUCACUGCCAAUUAUGUGAAGCAGAAAUUAGAACCACUGCUAGACAAACUGCCUACAAAAACCGAUAUACAAAGAAAAGCACAGAAACAAGCAAAAGUGUGCAUUGGUGCCCUUGAUGAAACGCAAGCACGACUGUUGUUUGCAUUCAUUACAGGACUUUAUGAUCCUCCUAUCAUAGAAGAAACCUUCUGUGUAGAAUACAACAUGAAUCCGGAUAUGUGUUAUCCGACAAGUUACACAUGUUUAAAUAAACUUUUCCUUCCAUUGGGUAAUAAAGACAUUGACAAGUUCAAGGAAUCUUUCUGGGCAGCAUUAUACGACGUUCAGAGAUAAACCCUCUCUGCCGAUAAAACAAUCAUUUGAAUCAAUUUAGUAUGCAACUACUUUGUCAAUUGGUCUGUUACAAAACAUAUGUAAGGAGUAAAAUGUAUUUUUAUAUAGUUGUAAUAAGAAAAUUGUUCAAACAAAAGAGGGACAUCUGUUCAAUAUUCAUAUGGUUCUAUCACACAGAAUGUAUGGUCUAUGCGAUGUUCUAUAAGCUGUAAAGAAGGAAUUAUGAAUACUAUUUAGUAUAUUGGAUACUAUGAAAAUAGCUUUUUAAGGUAAUUUAUAAUAUGAGAGAAAUUUUCCUUAGAAAUAUUCCUGGUUAAUCAUUUCAACGGACCCAUUCAUUUAACCAGCUCCGCUUUCAUACAAAUUCACACAAUUUCUUUUUAGUAAUAAGCGCAACGUACUCAUUGAAUAUAGGGACGAAGAGCAAUAAGGGGUUUCUGCAAAUUGAAGAUCUCCGCUUACAAUAUAUAGCAAUUGAAAGUUCUACAAUCAAGAGGAGAACACUGAACAAUCGGCGACUUUUUAAUUGCACUGCUUCUGUUUUGUUUUUAGUAUGCGUGUUGAUAUAGUGUUUUGACAAGAACAAAUUCAAUGUAAAUACAUUUAUAGUUUGUUAUUGUUUUAUUUGAUAUAUAUGCACAGAAAUAUAAUUUGAAAUUAC